AUUCCAGAUGAAGAAAGAAAAAAGACGAUAUUUGUCAGCUUUCCAAAAAAAAUUCUUAAAAUCUAAGAUACCACAUUCAUAAAUUGUUAUUAUGGAUACACAUAUAUGUGGUGCCUGUAAGGCUGAAAUAAAUGACUUAGAUGAAUUUAUUGUUCACAAGAAGCAAACUUGUCCUGUGUUACAUGUAGUCCAGAAAGAAGUCCGUCAGAAUCAACAAUCACAUUACUCAGAUCAAGUUUCAAAAGAAAAUGAAACAGAAAGCAGGAAUUACUCAUGUCUUCAACAUAUUAGCAUACCUAAGACUGCAAGUGAAGAAAUUUUAAGAAAACACUCAGAAUUAGAUCUACCUUCAAAUUCGUUACACAUUUCUGGAAAUGAUUGUAUACCAGUGACAGAGAUUUAUAACAUUCAAAAUGAAAAAUGUCAACAGAUUCAGGAUUCAAGUAUUGAGCAACCAGAAUUUGCUUUAGCCAAUCCUUGUACAGAACAUGAAUCAUCUGAAUCAGGACAGAAUGUUGAUAAAACAGCUGCACAUCAUUGUACUGAACAUACUUCACCAUCAAAUAAAUCAAGAGAUCUGAACCAGUUACAUGCUGAAACUUCUGUUAAGUUAUGUAGUACACCAACAAUAGAAACAGAUAUUGAAUGUGCAUCACCAGAAAUAAAACAAAAAACAAAACAAGAUUCUAUUUCAAGAUCAUUAGUUGAGGAUCAUUAUCCAGAGAGUGAUCAGAAUGAGUCAAAAGAUUUAGCUGAAGUCAGUUCUCACCUUGAUUCUGCCUCAGCUGAAUCAGUUGUCUGUACACCACCUCCUGGUCAUGAAUACAUACAAUCAACACUUCAAGACAGAUUGGCAACCGACAGAAUUGUAUGCCACGAUUCAUCAGCUAAGUCAGUAACACGUGAGACUUCAUCUAAUUUACAUACAGGGCUAAUCAACACAUCAUCAUCAAAUGUGGCAACUGAAGUGACAGCUCUGAAUCUUAUGUCACCUGUAAUGUCAACAGAGGUUUCUCCUACUAUUUCAACUAUUGUGCCACCAGUAAUGGCCACUGAAAGUUUACCUCCGAAAUCAACUCAUUUAUCAACUGAAACCACUAUAGUACCAGCUGUGACAUCAACUGAAUUGUCCUGUGAAGUGUCAACUUACAUAUCAGCCAAGGAGAUUCCAGCUACAAUGUCAUCGGAGAUGACUCCUGUAGUGUCAACUAACGUGUCUUCAUCUAUGCUGGCUAAGGUGAUGCAUGUGGUGUCAUCUAAAACAUCCUCUGUACUGUCAAGUGAUGUGUGUCAAGAUCUGUCAACUGACAUUAGAGAAAAUCUUGUACAAGAGAUGAUUCCACAAACUUUACACAUGGUCAUUGAUCACAAUGGCACUUAUUCUUUAAUUGCAAGAUCACAGAUCUCAGAGUUUCACAGCCCUGUUAUACCAUCAUCAUCAUUGUCAGAUUUUCCCACGAAAGAUACGACCCGACCUACAUCACACUUUGCAGAAAAGUUGAUUCCAAGUGACAACAGACCACAAGUAGCUCUUCCUCCUACAUAUGAAGAAAAAUCUAUAAUAAUAUUGAGUGAUUCCAAUGAUUUAAAUAGAUCAUCUCCCCAAAUAACUUCUGAUCAGCUGAUUGCAGUUCAAAAUGAAAUGUAUCUUAGUUCAGGAAAAUUGCAGCGUACAUCUGAUUCUACUGUUGUUGAAGAGCACAACUUACAGCCAUCUCAAUCACAAUUUGCAAAUAAAACAACAAUCAAUCUGGGAUUACAACAUUAUCAUUCUGUUUUGCAUUCUAAUGUGAAUUCUGGGAACAUUAUGCAACAGGAUCAAGCAUUGAAUACUAUCCCUACUGGUCCUCUGAAAGUUGUAAGAAAUUUGAUUACAAGUUACCAAGACAACAGUGUAAGUGUUGCUGCACUGGAUACACAGACAACAACUAAGCAACUUAUAGCUUCAAGUUCAGCUGGCUCAUCAAAAGUACUUAAUGUAAUUCCACCAAAUGAAAAAUCACAUGAUCAUUGUUUAAAUCAUGACUUGUCAGGAAACAUUACUCCAGAUCCAAAAAGCACAGCAGUGCCAUCUUUUAGGCAAAAACAAGUACAGGUGUAUGAACAGCCACAAUUUGUUGUUGCUCACGAAAAAAAUUCAAGUCAGCCAAAUCAGAAAUAUGUAGAUACCCAACCUAUUCAAGAAAAUUUGAAAGAUGGCACUCAAGCAGUUAAACAAGUUUUGAACCCAGCUUACAAAAAUCCCAUACAAAACAUUAUCUCCUUAGAAUCUGGUAUUCUUACCUUAAGACAAGACCAUAGCAUUGCUCUUGAUGGGUAUGCAACAACUCUGACUGGAUCCAGAGAAAACCAACCUAUUGUACUGAGACAUGAACCACAACAACAACAUGUGGUUUACACUUGUGCAGAAGAUGUUCAUCAAAAUAUCAUACCUCAAGGUUCAGUUACAGGAGUUAUUAACCAUACAUUAGACAAACAAUUACAGGUGAAAUAUAACACUCCUGUGUUACCUUCAAGAGUAACACAAAAGCUGGAAUCUGAUAAAAGAAAGGAGAAAACAAAACCUUCUUUAAAUGUAAAUAUUGAUCUAGUUCAGUCUGGAAAUCAUAAGGAGCAAGUCCUUACCAUGGAUAAUAUACAUGAUAAGAAUGAAAAGGCAGUUUCUUUGUUAAACAAUGACUGUAUUGAAAAACUAAAAGAAAGACAGUUACAAAAAGGUAUAACUAAAGGUGAAGUAAUAACAAUUGAUGCAUUAAAUAACAUUACUUCUUCAACCAGUAGAUAUCAGUCUUCAGAUAAACACAUAGAAUCUGCACAAAAUUUUAAAACGGCUAAUGACGUUACCAUGGGUCAAAUCUCUUUUUUCCAAAAUGAUCCUCUGUCUGAAAGUAAUUUAAUGCAGAGUUCCAAAGAUCCUCUGUCUGAAAGUAAUUUAAUGCAGAGUUCCAAAGAUCCUCUUUUACAAAACGUGGAAACAGAAAGGGAACAGGAGAAUAGUUUUUCUGAAAAAUAUAAAAGGCAAAGUUAUUCAAAUAGAAAUUCAGCACAUGGUGUACAAUAUGGAAAUUCAGAAGAUAGGGUCGAAGCAAAUACACAAUCAGAAAUCAACCAGCAAAAACAUAGAAAUGCAGAACAAAAUUCAGAAAGAACAGCAUCGGGAAUACAAUAUGUUUUACAUAAAACACCAGAGAAAAACUAUUUCUUACCAAUCAACAAUGCAGAGUCUAGGAUGGAAGGGGAUCUACAGACAUAUCAAUCUGUGCAGGAAUUAGAAAAUCAGAGUAUUCCUCUACACCAAGAUGGUUCUAACGAAGUUACUUCCCCUGGACAAAUUCAGUACACAGUUCAUUUACAUCAAGUGCACCCUGUUGAUGGAAGUAUUAUACAAGUGUUAUCACCAGAGAAACACUAUGAUAUGACAACACAAGGGAGAAUUCCUCAAAAACACCCUGACAUACAAUCAAAGAAAAACACAGGUUCAUCUUCCAAGAAGAUGGCAAAUAAACCCAGCAAAGAAAGAGAAAAGAAGUAUGUUUGCACAUAUGAUAAGUGUAAAUUUUCAACUGUGUACUUUAAAGAUCUGACUAGACACAUCCGCACACACACAGGAGAGAAGCCUUAUCGAUGUGGAAUGUGUGAGAAAAGUUUUAGUCGUGUAGAUAAAUUACGACUCCACAUUCGCCAUCAUACUGGUGAGAGACCAUUUCAGUGUGAUCUCUGUGAAUACAGAGCAGUAGAUAGAAGUACAUUGAAGAAACAUGCUAUCAUACAUACAGAUGAAAGACCUCACAUGUGUCAGCUAUGUAGUUAUUGUUGUCGAACGUCUAGCCAAUUGACAGUCCAUCUGCGUACACAUACUGGAGAUUGUCCAUUUCAAUGUCCAUGCUGCAGUUCAAAGUUCAAAAUCAAAUCAGAUUUAAGGAGACACAUGAGAACACACACUGGAGAAAAACCUUAUCAAUGUGAUAAAUGUCAAGUCAAGUGUACCACACAAGGUAACUUGCACAGCCAUAUGAAAGUCCAUCAUUCUGCUGAAAACCUGAAAUGCAGUCAUUGUUCAUAUAAAACCUCUUCAAAGCGUUCACUAUGGAAUCAUUCUAAAAUUCAUGAACCAUUUGAUCCAGACAACACUUGCCAAAUAUGUGAUUUUAAAUGUGCAAGCAAUGAAAUACUUAAAAAGCAUAUGACAAUGCAUAAGUCUGACUAUUUAAAAUGUCACCACUGUGACUUUACCACUCGACAUCAACAAAAUUUGGAACAACAUAUAAAACGUAAACAUGGAGAACAUUAUCAUGAAAACAGACCAAAACGAAACACCAGCAAUGGUAGUAGCAAGAAGUCUAAAGAUAGUUCUUCCAAGAAAGAGGUCAGGAGUGAUAAAUUAGUUUAUAGAAAGUUUCAACGUUUAUUUAAAUGUGAUCUCUGUAGUGAAUCUUUUGUACGAGAGGACUCAUUAAAAAGUCAUGUCAAGCUUCACAAAGAAUUAGCUAGUAAUAAUUUACAACUGACUACUAAGAAAGUAUUGAAACUACCUAAACAAAGUUUAAAUCCUCCAGCAAAUGAAGAAACUAGUUUCACCAUGCGCUCUGUGGCAAUGCAUGGUACUAACCAACAAGCAGAAAGUUUACCUAUGCCACCUGAUGAAGGGCAAAGGUCAGCAACACAAACUUAUAGCCAGUAUCAUCAGUAUGAUCAGGCAUCUGCUUUAGAAGAACAAACCCCUAACAGUGAUAUUUUAGAAUCAAGUUAUAGACAAGAGAGAGAUAAAAAGAUUCAAAUGACAAAUGUUGAAGAAAGAAAUUCUAGUCAAACAUACAGACGACAGUUAAAUUUUGAUUCUGGGAGAGGCAAUAAUGCAUCAAAUAAGCGUCAUUCAUUUGAAACACCAUCUGUAUCAAAGAAAGAAGUAAGCCAUCGCCGACUUUCAUUUCCAAGUGAUACUGAGCAUUCUGUUUCAAAGAGAAAUAAAAGUGUCGGUGACAGUUUAAGCAGUUCUAGUAGACCGGUUAGAGAUUUGUUACGAGAGGAAAGAGCCUCACAAAGGUCUAGUAGAGAUAUUGAAGGAUUUGAACAAGGAUUACAAUUCAUAGACAAUGCAUAUAGUAGUAGUAUUCUAAGGACAAAUAGACAGUCUAGUGGACAUGCACAGACAUUGAAUAAUCAGAGAAAUGAUGGUAAGGAAAAGGUAUCAAGACCUCAGAAAACCAAACGUUCUCAUUCUAAGGCAACUGUUGAAGGUCAUUUGAGUUCAGGGUUAAUACACAACAGUGAAUAUACCAGGAUUGUGGCAUUGAAUGAACAAAAUAGAGAGCAUGCACAACAGCAGCAAACUGUUUACCAAGUCCCCAAUAUACAAGUAGUGCAAAAUAUAUCUUUGCCUCUAGUGCAACUACCAGAUGGACAAAUUAUAAGACCACAUAUAGGGAACCAGAUUCCUCAAUUAGGACACCAGUUUAUACCGGAAAUCAAUAUAGAGCAACCGAUUGUCAGUGCUGGACUUUUAAGACAUACCAAUGAAAAUACACACACAAUUCAACUAGUAGCUCAUCCAGGUGUUGGUAUGAUGUCACCACCUGGUAACCCUACUCACUCUGUUCAAAAUGUGCCACAAGUAGUUGAGAUUGUUGAUUCUCUAGGUAAUCCAGUCUCUGCACAGUUUGUGAUUCCUACAUCCAGUGAUGAAAUACCAAAUGCAACAGUUCAGACAAUUGACAUUUCUACAAUAUCAGAUCAUGGUGGUAUGAUGGAACAAAUGUUAUCCCCACAGCAUGUUAUGACUGUUCCUGUACAAGUUGUUGAUAUGCCACAAACUAAUUGACAAUCGUUUUUAAUUGACAAUCUUAACUGUUAUUUUUAACUAGCAUGUGUCUAAAGUUAAAGAUGGUUCAACAUACCGGUAGGUAUUUAUUGAUUCAAUGAUUGAUUGUUGUUUGCUUUACGUCUAGUGGAAAAUAUUUCAUGUAUGUUCAGGACAGGAAGAAAUUAACAAAUAAGUACAAUAGGUAGGUCCUGUAAUAUGGGUCAACAUAGAUGAAGGUUUUGAAAUUUGGAAUGUCACUGAAAAAUGAGGGUAAAUUAGAUAUGAAUAGAAAUUUAGCCUUGCAACAGGCCACAUAGGGACCACUUAAACAGUUGUUGCAAGGGUUCUUUAACAUGCAGAGAGUGCAAAUCUCUACAAAAAGUGUUACUUUUGCAUAUGUUGUGAAGAUGCUAUUAACAAUUUUUAUUUAAAUGAAGAUUGAAUUAUUAGGUAAUUUUAGGUUAAUGAUAUUUGACAUUCAUUUACCAUGCUCAUUGUAUCUGAUCUAUGCUAAUUCUAUGAAGUACUUUUAUUAUAAAGUCCUGCCCCCUCCACCCCCCCAAUAAUUUAUUAUUUCAUGUGUAUGCCAAGUUUUGUGAUAGAUAAAUUGAAUAGGAUUCACAUAUAAAAAAAAAUAGUUGCUUUAGUUAUGCAAGUUGAUAUAUACAUCAUUCAUGCCCAAAAUAAAUUGUAUGCAGAUUAUUGAAGUGUUUUAGCCUGAUAGAUUGCCUUGUAAGUUCUAUCCAAGUAUCCAGACAACUUAUGACUUAUAAUAGUACAAACUAUCAAAUGAAUAUUUUUGACUCAUCUGCAAAUCAGCAACAUAUAUAUCUCAUUGUUUAUAGUUUUUAUUGUUAUUGAGCUGGUUUCAUUUUUGAAGAUUUUUGUUACAAGAUUGAAAUAUAAAACAAUUGCUGUCUUAAGAUGAGGUUAAUAUGUGGUAUUUUGACUUUUUUAAAACUUAUAUUCACUGAGACCAACUGUUUUAUUCUAUAUACCAAGACAAAAAAGGUAUUUAAUGACAAUUAUUUACCAAAACAUAUUGUACAUCAAACAUUUUACCAUUAUUAUACAAUAAUACAUGGGAUGUUUAGCGUUGUUAAUAUCACCAUACUUUAGGUGAAUACAAUUUUUAUUCAAAAGCCAAUUUGUAUUAAAAAAAGAACUUAUUAAUAAUAAAAUAAGACUUAUAAGACUUA